GAUUCUGAGGAGCGGAGCGAGGAGCGCGGAGCGCGCGGCGGCGCGAGGUUUCUUCUCAGCGGCGGCCUCCUCGUGCGCACCCGCGGCACCCAGCAUGUCGGCGGCGGCCCCCGCUGCGGAGGGAGAGGACGCCCCGGCGCAGCCCGCGUCCGAGAAGGAGCCCGAAAUGCCGGGUCCCAGGGACGAGAGUGAGGAGGAAGAGGAGGACGACGACGAGGAUGAGGACGAGGAGGAAGAAAAAGAAAAGAGUCUCAUUGUGGAAGGCAAGAGAGAAAAGAAGAAAGUAGAAAGGUUGACAAUGCAAGUGUCUUCCUUACAAAAAGAGCCAUUUACAAUUGCACAAGGGAAGGGUCAGAAACUUUGUGAAAUUGAAAGGAUACAUUUCUUUCUGAGUAAGAAAAAAACAGAUGAACUUAGAAAUCUACACAAACUGCUUUACAACAGACCAGGCACAGUGUCCUCAUUAAAGAAGAAUGUGGGUCAGUUCAGUGGCUUUCCAUUUGAAAAAGGCAGUACCCAGUAUAAAAAGAAGGAAGAAAUGCUGAAAAAGUUUAGAAAUGCCAUGCUAAAGAGCAUCUGUGAGGUUCUUGAUUUAGAGAGAUCAGGUGUGAACAGUGAACUAGUGAAGAGGAUCUUGAAUUUCUUAAUGCAUCCAAAGCCUUCUGGCAAACCAUUGCCAAAAUCCAAAAAAUCUUCAAGCAAAGGUAGUAAAAAGGAACGGAACAGUUCUGGAGCGACAAGGAAGUCAAAGCAAACCAAAUGUCCUGAAAUUUUGUCAGAUGAGUCUAGUAGUGAUGAAGAUGAGAAGAAAAAUAAGGCAGAGUCUUCGGAAGAUGAAGAGAAAGAAAGUGAAGAGGAGCAACCACCAAAAAAGACAUCUAAAAAAGAAAAAGCAAAACAGAAAGCUGCUGCUAAAAGUAAAAAAUCUGUAAAAAGUGCUAAUGUUAAGAAAGCAGAUAGCAGCACCACCAAGAAGAAUCAAAACAGUUCCAAAAAAGAGUCUGAAUCUGAAGAUAGUUCUGAUGAUGAACCAUUAAUUAAAAAAUUGAAAAAACCACCCACAGAUGAAGAGUUAAAGGAAACAGUGAAGAAAUUACUGGCUAAUGCUAACUUGGAAGAAGUCACAAUGAAGCAGAUUUGCAAAGAGGUAUAUGAAAAUUAUCCUGCUUAUGAUUUAACUGAACGGAAAGAUUUCAUUAAAACAACUGUAAAAGAGCUCAUCUCUUAAGCUAGAGGACAGGCGGCUUGUCCUCAAAUUGGAAGAUCUGAUUUAUACCAGCAAAGAGAAUGUAUUUUCUUUUUUAAGUCUAUUGUUGGUAGAACUCGCUGCUGACCCUUUUGCGUGUUACAUAUAUUUGAGCUUGCUGUUUUAAAUUGCAUUUCCUUGCAGUUUUCAGUUUAAGUCUUGCAUGGCAGUAAUUGUUCCUUGCUUUCUGUAGUUGUACAUUUUGGAUUUCUUUAUUGUAAGGUCACAGAUUUCUGAACUGUUGUUAAUUUAGUGCACUUAAUGUUAGCUUAAGAUACUUUUAAUCAAAGCAAAAACUAUUAUAACCAGCAUUUAUACAUGCAGAGGCUAUUGCAGUAUUUAGUAUAUGAAAUAUUUUGAAUACACCUUCUGUCAGUGUGAAAACUUAGUGGCAGUUUGUUCAUUGUUUUAGAGUACAGCUGUUCAGAUGACCGAGUUGGAACUUUUUCUGCAUGUGUAUAUAUGUCAAUGUCAGCAUGACAGAAGUGACAGAUGUUAUUUUUGUAUUUUUAAAAACCAAUUUGUUGUAUAUAAUUUUUUUUAUUUCUUUUGUGCAGAUCGAUUUUUAAACUCAUGUAGGUAGGUGUCUUUCCACCUGUAACUAAAGAAUGUCAGUGUUCAGCUAGGUGGUAUGGCAAAGCAGUCAGGUCAGUGGUGGCAAGACCAAAGGACUGUCCAGUUCUGCUUUGCCCUGAAAGUGUCAUAAAUUUUGUGGUAUGUUAACUAUGUUAACUUAAGUGUCAUAGAAAUUUUAUAUUGAGGAUAAACCAAAAUCAACACAUCAGAAUUCAAAAACUUGGAAAGGGUGAGCACACUUGGCUUAUAUAUAAGUGAACUGGUAGUAACUAAAUAACUAAACUUGAUACAGGAAACUGACUACCUUCAUAAUUAUGAUUAAAAGUACCAGAAGGUGGUGUGUGGACAAUGUAGGCUAUCUCUGAUUAGAAGUAUCAGGUUGUAAUGCUGGCAAUGUAGGUAUCUUUGAAAGUAUUUCUUAGAAAUCAUACAUUGAAGUAAGUAUUAUAGAAUCAAGGCUAUUUGAUUUUAAAUUUUGAUCAAUCAAGAUUCUAGGUGAUAAACAUGGACUGCCCCUGGAUUUAAAUUGUCUUUUGACUGUCCUAAUAACCUGUUUCUGAAUUAUAAUAAGCUGCUGCUUGACAAAGUGACAAUUGAUAUACCAACUGAGUGUUUACUUUUUGACAUCAUAGAUCAGAUAUAUUAAAAUAAUGUUCAGCAUUAACAGGCAUUUUCACAUAUUUGAAUUUAGUAUAUAUACUUAGGACAUAGAACAAUUAAAUGAAGACUAAAAAUUGGCUUUUAAAUAAUUUGUUAUAAAUCUUGGCAAUAAAGAAUAAAUUGAUGUUUUAAAUGUCUUGUA